GGGAGGGCUGCUGGGGAGGAGAGAGAAGAGGUAUGGCGGUGCAAGAUGGCGGCCGCUACACCUAGCAAGAGAGCUGCUUCUGACUCUACACCUUUACCGCCAGCGAAGAAGACUCACUGGUCACAGGGACUCCUGACUUCCAUGAACGACCCCAAUCUCCUCGUAGAAUCAGACGAUCGGAUCGUUAUCAUCAAAGACAAGUAUCCCAAGGCACGCUACCAUUUUUUGGUAAUACCCAAGUUAAAUAUUCCAAACUUAAAAUCACUCAAGAGAGAGCAGAGUGAGUUACUGCGAUAUAUGGAGGAACAGUGUCACCUAUUAGCAGCAAAGUACCCACAGGUUGAAUUUAGGUAUGGAUACCAUGCAAUUCCUAGUAUGUCUCAGUUGCACCUGCACAUGAUUAGUCAAGAUUUUGACUCUCCAUGCUUGAAGACAAAACGUCACUGGAACUCCUUCAACACACGCUACUUUCUGGAUAGUGCAGAUGUUAUUCGAUGUUUGGAGGAACGUGGGAUGGUAGUAACAAUGACUCCUAUAGCAGGCGAAAAACUCUUGGAUCAACCUCUCAAAUGUCACAAAUGCAUAUACUCUCCUCAAAAUAUGCCAAAGCUGAAGCAACAUCUCUAUAAACAUAUUAAUAAUUAAAAAACUUCUGAUUACUGUAUUACUUAUUAUAUUAAAUUACCUAUUUUAUGCAAACCUCCCACAUAAAUAAUGAGGGUACUAAUCCAAGACAGUGAAUCUUAAAUUAUUGCUAGGUAAGAGAUGGAAGAAGUAGAGGGCCACUAAUGUGUUAUUUUGUAAACAAAAUAAUCAUCUAGAAGAAUAGAUACACAAAGUGGUGGCACCUUUUUUCUUGUUCAAAAGAAUGCCGUUUCUCUUACUAUGGGAUGAUGUAGAUUAGGUGCUAUCUUGUUCUCUAUUUAUCAGCUUCCAAUAGCUGUGAAAUGACCAUGGAUAUCAAAAUAGAUUCCCUUGUAUAUAUUCUGUUUAUUUGAAUUAAUUUUUUUGUUUUGUGUAAUGGGAAAACUGAUUACAUAUGUUAAGUUUUCAUUCACAUAGUGAAAGCAAAAUUGUUUUUUUUAUUGCUUUUUUGGCCUUCCUGCUAUUUUUGGAAUACCACAUUAUAAGUUGACACUACAUCUAGACUAGCUCGCUCAAAAGUGUGAUUGUGGGACCAUCAUCCUCCCUCCUCCUCCUACCCUAAAACUUUGCUGUGACUGAAUUACUUCUCUUAGACCACUUUGCCUGAGAUGACAUCACCACAAUGGGGGUUGGAUGUAUAUCUUGAUUUAAAGGGAAACUUCACUCGCACCAUAUUGUCAUGAUUCAAGAUAUUUUCCUGUUUACCCUCUGGGUGGAUACUCAAUAUUUGCUAUGCAAAUGUGUACUAAUAAAGUACUGAUGUGCAGUAGUUGUAAGAAAUCUGACAAAUGCAAUGAUGAUACUUAUGUUUGCUAUUUACAAACUCUCAAGAAAUGUUGGUUGUUAUUGAAUAUGUUCUUGUCCUCUGGUACCAAAAGCCCAAAAGCAGCACUUGAAAUAUUCAUUGAAUAUUGUUGUAGGGUAACUUUGCUCCCACACAAGUGAUCAUUAUUGAUUUGCAAUCAAAUUUAAUAAUAUACACACAGAGAUCACACUAACGUGAUGCAUCAAAUGAACAAAUCCACAAGGGCCGUGACGAGGAUUCGAAUCUGCGUCCGGGAGUCGAUUAAGGCAGUGUCUGGGAUGCUCCCAGACGCAGGUUCGAAUCCUCAUCACGGCCCUUGUGGAUUUGUUCAUUUAAUAAUAUAGUAUACAGAGUAGAGAGAAUGAAUCAUAUCUUAAGCCCUGGCAAUGUUGCAAGAAAGUGUAACAGUUGUGGGACUCAACAUAAACUUUGUAAAUAAUAAAUUAUAUGUCUUGAAUUAUGUAAAUGAUUAGCUACUAUGAGUAAGAAAUCAUGUACCAUUAAAUGCAAGCUGCUUUCAUGGCCUUCCUCCAAAUCACCAAAAUAGGAAUUGGAAAAUGUCUCUGGUUCAGCGAUGUGUCGCCAAUACAACAUUAACUCUAAUAAUUAGUAUAAUGGAAACCUGCAAAAGUGCAUUGUUUUGCUUAGCUACUCAUUUCUUGGUGAAUAGUCUUGAUUUCCAGGAUUACAAAUUUGUAUUACCUGUUGUUCCUACACUCAGUAAAAUCCUCAGUGAUUCGGCUUUUUUUUUUUUUUUUUUUUUCUUUUCUCCAUGAACCAUCUUAUGUCUUUCUGCUCUCACUGACACCCUGAGUAUAUCAAGGAACUCUCAAUGUUCUGUACUAAUAGACAGCACUUUGUAACUAUACUGGCUAUGCACUUUUUUUUUGUACAACUUAGGUGUGAAAUAUUAUUUAAAUUAUACUGUGAAGGGGUCAAGAAACAAAAGAUAACUAAGAAAGUGGUGAAGAAGGAGGUUCCUUUGUAUUUUCCUGAACAUAAAUAAUUUAUUAUUGUACUGUAUAUACUGUAUAGUAGUGCUAGAAAGCAAAUACUUGCUGACAAUUUAGAUUUCAUGUACGUAAUAUAAUGUUUAGUGAAUGCAGUUGAAUGUACUAACUGCAUACUGUAUUUGUAUUUAUGAUUUCCUAUAGUACAGUAGUUCAAUUUGUGGAUAAUUUACAUUUUCGUAAAUAGUGUUUUGCGAGCGCUUUGUCCUGGAUUCGUAUCCUGGUCAGGAAGGAUUUACUGGGCGACAAUGCUUAACUGUAGCCUCUGUUUAUCCAAGUAAAAUGGGUACCUGGUUGUUAAACAAUUUGGCGGGGUCAUAUUCCGGGAACAUAGGAUUAAGGACUUGCCCGAAAUGCUACGUGUGCUAGUGGUUGUACAAGAAUGUAAAAACUCUUGUAUAUAUAAAUAAAAAAUAAGAAAAAUUUACUGAAUCAUUGUGAAACUUAUUACUGUAUAUACUUUUCAUAUACAGUAUUGAUGACAAAAUCCUUCACCUAUAAUUAGAAUACAGUAUAUAAAUUUACUAGAGCACAUUAAUAAUUCACAGAAGGAUAUUGUAGUGUAUAUUUGUGGAGACACACCAGCUCCAGCAUGAUGACUAGACUUUUUUUUUUUUUUUUUUUUUAACCCUAGGAACCUUGAGAAGAUCGCUGCUUAUAAAUUUCAGCUUCAUGAUCAGAACAGGUGAGACACUGAGCAGGAUACUGGAGUGAGAGAACCUAUUUACAUUCUAUAGUUAGAACAUGCUUUCUGAACAUUAUGGGAUUAUGAAAUGAGUUGUAGUUAUUUUUUGCAACUUGUCACAAUAAAUAUAGCAGUGCU